AUGACUCAAACACUCGCUUCUUCCUCGGCGACCCUGAUUGCCCCUAAGGACCUGGAGGGUAUCGAUCGCCUGCGCCAGAAGCUGAGACCCGCUCUCCUUUAUGUCGUCUCCACUGCCCAAUUCUUCGAUAUCGUCAACGGCGCGUCGGUUGCGGUCGCUAUCCUUCCAAUCGCUCAAGAUCUUGCCUUUUCGGUGACAGAGGUGCUUUGGAUCCUGAACGCCUAUACCAUCACCUUUGCCGGUCUUCUUCUCUUAUGCGGUCGACUCGGCGACCUAUUCGGCCACAGGAGAAUGUUCAUGUUCGGUUUGUUCUGGUUCGCUUUCUGGGCACUCGUCGUCUCAUUCUCCACAUCCCCGAUCAUGUUCAUCAUGGCCCGUGCUCUCCAGGGUGUUGGCGCCGCCUGUACCGUCCCCUCGGCUAUGGCUCUUAUUGCGAUCAACUACCCCGCCGGCCCCGAGCGAACCAAGGCUUUCAGUGUCUUUGGCAUCUUUGGCGGUCUAGGCGGCAUUACCGGGAUCCUACUCGCCGGUGGACUAAUUGCCAGUAUUGGAUGGCCCUGGAUCUUUCGCAUCUCGGCAAUUGCGGCGUUCGUCCUGCUGGCUCUCAGCUUUGUUGCCAUCCCUGUCGAACCGCCCAAGACCGAGAAGCCCAAGGUUGAUUUCCUGGGAGCUGUUGCUGUUACUCUUGGUGUCACCGGAAUCGUCUACUACAUCUCGACGGGCGUCGAUUAUGGCUGGGCAAACGGCAAAACCUUACCCAUCCUCAUCCUAGCACUGGUCCUCCUCGUCUCGUUCAUCUUCAUCGAGAGUCGUGUCCAAGCCCCGAUUAUGCCCCUCCGAAUCUGGAACGUCUCCUCCUUCUCGACCGCCUUCAUUCUCGCCUUUGUAUCCAACGCCAAAUCCCAAGGUGUGAUCUACUACGCCAACAUGAUCUUCCAAGAGGUCUACCAGUGGACAGCCAUCAAGACCGCCCUCGGGUUCUUGGUCCAUGCCCUCUCAGCCGUAGUGGUGUUUGGUGGACUUGGCCGGAUCCUUCCUCGUCUGCCGUUGAAGCCGUUGAUUAUGACAGGGUUCUUGCUCCGUUGUGCGACGGCGUUGAUGUUCUCAUUCGUCAACGAGCAUACCUCCUACUGGGCGAUCCCCUUCCCGGCGUUCAUUCUCCACGUCCUUGGUAUGGGCCUCACUCUCCUGCCCAUUCAGAUCACAGCCGUCCGGGAUGCCGAGAACAAGGACCAAGGUCUCGUCGGUGCAUUGUACAACACGGGUCUCCAACUCGGCGCACCCUUUGGAAUCGCGAUCCUAAAUGUGAUUGCAAUCUCAACGAACGGUAACAGUAACGGUGCAGUGAGAGGUGGACCGGCAUUGAUGAAGGGAUUCCGGAACGCGUUCUAUGCCAUGAUCGCCAUGGGCUUGUUCGGAUUCUUCUUGGCAUUGGUCAUCCUCCCCUGGGACAAGCCUGUUCGUCCUGCGGUCAAGAAGAGUGACAAGGUUGAAGUCGAGCCCUCAGAGCUGGAGAGCAGUGGCGGUGGACUUGAUGAGAUCGCGGCUGGCGGCGCCGACAAAGAGGGAGUUUUUGCGCGCUGA